AUGGAAGAGUUUGGGUCAGCGUUGGAGAAGAAUGUGGCCGAUUUAACGGUUAUGGACGUGUAUGACAUAGCCGCGGUGGUGGGCCAGGAGUUUGAGCGGAUCAUUGAUCAGUAUGGAUGCGAGGCUCUGUCCAGGCUCAUGCCAAAAGUGGUGCGGGUGCUGGAGAUCCUGGAGGUGAUGGUCAGUAGGAACAGCAUCAGCCCGGAGACAGAGGAGUUGAGGCUGGAACUGGACAAACUACGGCUGGACCGGAUGGACCGGCUGGAGAAAGAGAAGAAACAUAAGAAGGAGCUGGAGCUGGUAGAGGAUGUAUGGAGAGGGGAGGCCCAGGACCUGUUGUCUCAGAUCGCUCAGCUUCAGGAAGAGAACAAAACACUCCUUACGAACAUGUCCAUCAAAGACCCCAUGAGUGAAGAGGACCUGCAGAGGCACGAAGGUAUGUCGGAGCGGGAGCGCCAGGUGAUGAAGAAGCUGAAGGAGGUGGUGGACAAGCAGAGAGACGAGAUCCGAGCCAAAGACCGCGAGCUCACGCUCAAGAAUGAGGACGUUGAGGCACUCCAGCAGCAGCAGUCUCGUCUGAUGAAGAUCAACCAUGACCUGCGCCACAAGAUCUCCGUGGUGGAAGCUCAGGGGAAAGCCCUCAUCGAGCAGAAGGUGGAACUGGAGGCGGGAGCUCAGGCACGGGUACAGGAAAUGGGAGCACUUCGGCAGGAAGUGACACGUUUAAGGGAGCGCCUGCAAGGAGACACGCCUCAGGGUUUAGAGGAGCCUCCUCCCCAGCCCCCCUCCCCCGCACAGGUAAUAACAUCUCCCCAGCCCCCCUCCACCGUACAGCCUGGUAGCCCCUGCUCCUCAGAGGUGGGGGCUCAGGGUGUGGGCUGGCCAGAACCAGACAGACACUACCACCCUGAGCUGAUGUUGGGGGGGUACGAUCCGGCCCCGCGCCUCCCGUCCCUGGAUGACGAUGAUGAGGAUGUAGAGGAAGAGGCAGUGUUGCUAUGGGAGGCGAUGUGUGAUGAGGACACACCUGCUCUGUUCCAACACUUUACCAAGGAGGCGCUAUGUGAUGAGGAGGGGGGAGGCCUGGACCAGAAGGAUCCCAACAGGCCCCGGUUCACACUGCAGGAGCUGAGAGACGUUCUGCACGAGAGAAACGAGCUCAAGGCCAAAGUGUUCAUGCUGCAGGAGGAGAUCGCCUACUACAAAAGUGAAGAGGCGGAGGACGAGACCGGCCCCCCUACUCCUUCCCCUUCUCCCGAACAACUGAGGGCGCGGCCCCGACCCAACGCACAGCCCGAGUCAGGAAUCAAACGCCUGUUUAGCUUCUUCUCUCGCGACAAGAGGCGGAACUCCCAGCGGAAUGCACAGUUUGAAGACAGCUUCAGCUCGUGGGCGGGAAAGGAUGAGGUGUACACCGAACAGGCCCAGGAGGCUUUGCAGCACAUAUAGGGCACGUUCCUCUGACCCGGGCACUGUUGACGCCUGCCAGAUCUUACAACGCAUGGAUAGGUAUUUUAAGUAUCAGCUAACCACAUCACAUGUUAUAGCAAUCUGUCAGGCGAUGAAAUAGUCAAUGACGUGGCACGCAACCAUUGGUUGAUGCGUGCAACGUCUUACCAGGAGAACGUGACGUCGUAAUUGGACAGCGCUUUAUGAUGAGGUCACUCAGAACCAUCUCACUGUAAUGCCCCGCCCAUGCCCACCAUGUGAGCUGCAGUAGCACUUAAGGGACAGUUUGAAAUUUACUGGGGUGGGGAGUUGGUCCAAAAUAGGGGAGGGUUGUCAAACAUAAUUUUUUGCUUUGGGGAGGGUUGUGUGAUUUUUUUUUAUUGGGCACAGGGGAGGGUGGUGUAUUUUUUCCCUGGUUUACAUUCCCCAUUUAGCAGGUUUUACUAUAUAAUGUCUUCCAUAUAGUCACAUUUCCUCAUCUGUUUGCUUGCACCUCCCCUAUCAAGGUGUUUUGGUACUUCCCUUAUGCACUACACUUUUCUGCAUGAUUACUAUACAGUCAACUCUAUCCUUCCCUCUAUACAUAGUGACAAUAGUGGAUCUGCAAUAAGUUAACUAGCAAUCAUACCACAUAAAAUCAUUCAAAUCUGCACUGAUUUUCAAUAUAAUUCCACAACAACAAAAACGAAUAGCUUAUAGGCAGUAGAUAGGCCAGAGUCAUCAUUGCGCAGGAAAGAACAGUCAAGACAUGAUAUAUGCAGCUCAAAAAGCUCUCCUAUUCAUCUUGUUUAGGCUAAACACAUUUGAUCUACUAUAUAACUGAUUCCCCUCUUCACAGUUCUAAAAAUAGUCAAACGGUUAAUAAAAUAGUGAUGAAUUUAAUUCAAAUGAUUAUGAAUUUAAUUCAAAUGAUCAAUUUAAAUGAUUAUUUGUGCUUCGCCAGGUCGCAGUUGUGAAUGAGAACUUGUUCUCAACUAGCCUACCUGGUUAAAUAAAGGUUAAAUAAAAAAUUGUACAGUAGUAGUUGGGGUUAAAUUGUGGUGAAUCGAAUCAUGGGAAUCAAAAUAAUAAUUUGAGAAUCGCAAAUAGUAAAAGGAAACAAUUUAGCUGUAGCCUUCCUUUCGAAUUGUGUCGAUGCAAAACUCUUUGUUGAUACUUUAAGUUGAUUUGGACAUUCAAUUUAUGGGACGUUGCAACUCAAUAGAUGCUAGUAGUCAGCCUGAAUUACACACUUCUAAUGGGAAGACUAGAAAAUCCGCGGUGCAUGAAACAGUCAUUUACAAUGCUGAAACAGUCAUUUACAACGUUUCCCCCGCAAACCUUCCAAUUAAAUGUUGACUGCAAAAGUAGGCCUACCUGGGCAGAAUGAUAUCGUGAAGAUUGGUAUCAAUCGGGUGCACAUUUGUUUUGCAUACUCUGCCAUGACAUGUGCAGUACAGAAACCUGCCAGGAACACUUCUGGCCUAACACAAAUGGACUGUGAGUGAAACUUAGCUGGGACAUGCUUUCAAUGGUGUUCUCCAACACCUGAAACCAAUAUAGUGGAUUAGGGGUGUACUGGGACUCAAACCCUUGUCCCUGUGACUGUCAUUCCAAACCCAUUAUACUGUCACAAUCCUUGCUGUAUGAGCCAUGAUACAAUUAAUACCAAGUGGGUUAACCCUAUUGGCGCGAUGCAUAGGGUGUUUGCCUUUGACGCCAGUGACCGGAUUUCACUUCCUUGUCCUGUUGUUUGUUACGUUCGUGUCAAAAUUGGGAAUACAAAGAGGCUAAAAUCUCUUGGUGAGGCCGCUAGGUCUUGUACAAAGUUUUUUUGUAUUAAUGAAUACAACUUUAUUUAAAUUUUUUAUUAUGAAUAUAUUUUUAUUCGCUGUCUCGCAUCAAAUUAAUCCAUUAUUCAGUUAAUUACAUGUGUAUGGCCUUGGGGACAAUACCUGAUCCUACCAAGACACCACAAUGCAAUGAUUUUAAGGUCUACAAAGGCACAGUACAGGACAGUCUGGCUGUGUUGUUACUUCUGAUACUGAUGCGCUGUCUGUUGCCGAUCAUCAUUCUCCCAGCAGGCCCACUUAUUCGGGAAAGCUUAAAGCAGUUCGGCCUCCUUUCCGAUCUGAUCGGCUAUUCCUCGAACCUAACGCUUCAAUAUAGGCUAAAUAUUUGUCAUUUCAACUUUUAAAAUGUAUUACCUUUUAUAUGUGGCAUAACCACAACCAGUCAACAAUGUUUUAAUCUGAUUAGUUUACUUCAAAAGUCUCCUGUAGGCUACCUGCGCAUGUUCAUCUACUCCGCUCUAAUAUAAUUCCAGCAUCCAAACUGCAACGGAUAUUCGAUCAUUACAAAACAGCAAAAAGUUUUGUGACAUUCGGAGAUUGUCAAGCCAAGCGAUCGACACUGAGUAGGAUGGGGUGUAUUUUCAGUUUGUCAAGAUUUACAUACUCUAUUUGAUUUUGGUGUUGAAAACGCAAUCCAUGAUGAAACGCUCAAAGUCGGCAAUCGGUAUGCAGUUAUUUGUUGCUUAUUGGUUGUGUGUGGUACAUUGGCAAAGAAACAUGUUAGUCUAACAUUUGUUGCAUAUAUUUGAUAUAAUUAGAAAUAUAGCAUCAAAAUGUUGAAAAUGGGUUUUCCCCUAGCUGAUCAUUGUCUUCAGUCGCCUCUGAUCGUAGUACAAUGAGUCAGGCAGGGAGAAGAGUGAGUUUGUGAACCCUCAACCUUCUGGCCAUAGCCCUGCGUGGCAUCGACUGUGCCACAAAACAUGCUGAAGUGGUCAAGUCGAUAUCCAUGUUUAUAAACACAGGGUUGCUACAGUUAUUGUUAUUUAUGGUGGUAAUCAUUCUUUUUGAGAAAAUACAAAUACAUUUUGAACUGUCCCUAAAAGCAUCGUAAUGAUCAGCUUACUUCACAGUACUUCAGCUCCAAGUAGAGUAAUUCAGUCAUUCACCCAGCAUCUAGAAUAGUGUUUCCUAACCUCCUAUGUCAGUGAACUCCUUGCCUUGCCUUGGGACUGUGGUUAGUGUGCAGUAGCGCUGCAUGGGUAAAAUCACUGCAGAAGCCAAGACAGAUUCCCCCCCCCAUACUACAACCUAUGCAUUGUGAUAAUUGCAUUGUUUUCGCUAUAACCUGUUAAUUCAUAUGCCUUGCGACCAUGAUAUGUAGGCCUAAAGGCCGAGACAAUAAGAAGACACAGUGGCAGAAUAAAUUCAACCACACCUUUGUUUCAUCACAAAACCGGAGAGCAACCUCUGUCCAGUGAAGUCCACAAAACAUAUUGCACAUAACAAACCGUUAUAUGACCUAUAGCAUGGUCAAGCAAGUUAAUGUUUUCUGACAGUUUCGGACCACUAAACAACUAUUGAUUUGGAACCACGGAGAGUUGCCGCAAGUCGCAAAGAAAACAGGAGCUGCCUCCACUAUUCCAGCAACAUUACUGUGCCUGCUGCAGUAUAGUGAUUUUAUGACAUUGCUGCUUCGAAGUGACAUUGCUGCUUCUAAGUGACAGGACAGAGAGAGUUUAAGGUGAAGGGGAACAGAUUCCGUUUGACUUCUGGAAGAAAAAAACCCUCCCUAAAGCCUUUAUUUAUCCAAAAGUGAAACCCAGGAGAAUUGACAGAUUCACAGAGCGGUUCCCUUUAUGUUAGAACUGACAGAGACAGUAGGUGUAAGAGAGAGACAGAGUCAGGCUUGGUAAGGCUGGUGGGAAGUACAUAAAGUUUGGUUGGCAGGAGAGCGAGAUGGAGGAACCACGUGAGAAACAACAGAAAGAGAAUCACGAGUCACAGGUUUUAGAGAGGGAGGAGUCCAGUAAAGAAACCGAAUAUGGACCCAGAUGUAGCAGACGCUGAUUAAUCUUCAUACCCCCUUGACCUUGAGCUAGACCAGUCAUAUCCUCAUAGGCAGCUAGGGGGCGCUGUGGCUAGGCCCCUCUCACCAGCACUGGCUAAAAGGUGUGUGAACAUGCAGUAUGUGGUGGCGUUUUUAUUUAACAGAUUGGCAUUGUACAUAAAAUAAUACGUGUUACUGGGUGUUGAGUUGGGAUUUUUGAAUUGCACAUCUGGAACAUCUUGCCUAUUCCUUGACUGCAUGAUCAAACUAGAUGGUUGGUAACUCUAUUCUCAAUACAACUAUUUUGCUUCCCCAACAACAUGCUAUGCCAAAUACAUACUGUUGUUAGAAGUUUGGGCAGCCUUUUUAGAAUAAAAUGCCCAAGUUAGAGGUUUUAUAUUUUUCAAAUGGUGAAUUAAGCACAUAAAGUUAUAGUUUUACAAUGUCUUAUGGAAAUGGAUGUAUUGUGGAGUAUUUUUGUUUUGAAUUAAUUUAACCAGAUGCUGCUUGCUGCUGCUUUUUUGUUUUUCGGCAUUUUAUGGUGCCUUCAGGACUAGCCAAGUGGUGUACAUAUGAAGCAAAAGUAAACUGUGUUUGAUAUAUAACAUUUGAAUGGGCGCCAUGUUGGAACCAAGUGUGACAAGACGAACAACACUCAAAUUUAGAUGCAAAUUACAAUGUUGUCGUGGAAUAUUGGGUUCAAACAUGGAGAAUAGUUUGCCAAACUCUGUGCUAAGGCUGUAAGAUGGUUUGUGAGAAGCAAAAUGGUCAGUGUGGACGAGGGAGCGUUUGGAACCCGAGGAGUAGUUCUGACCCCGUCAAUCAGACAUGAUGCUUCAGCCUGACUAUGAGAACAUUGACACUAUUCUUAUGACCGAAGAACUGUUAAAUAAUUUAUUUUAGAAUGCAAGAGACAAAAUGAAGGUGCAAAAAUAGAGCAACGAUUAUUGUGACAAAAAGGAUUAAUAGUCCAGAGAAAGUAUAUCUUGUCUGCUGGUGGCAACAUCUACAACAUAAUUUACACAUAAAGGGAAAUAAAUAAUACAGUAUUGUUAUCUGAACAUGGGCAGAUGUGUCAUCGUAUACAAACUUCAUGGACCCCCUUCACACCUGGUGGUAGAUUUCUAUUGGAAGAAUUUCAGAUAUGAAGAAUGUCUCGUUGUUUUGAUACAGCUUGUUGCCUUUUAUUCAAAUAUGCCCUGUCAAUAAACAUUGUCAUCC